CACGGGUGGAGGCGGUGGCAGGAGCGGCAAGCAUGGCCCGCGGCGCCCGGCGUUGACUGAGGGUCAUGCUGAGGCAGCCGGGCGCCUGACAAGCGAGGGGAACCUGCCAAGGGAUUAGUGCUUGCAGGAGCCGACGGCAAGACGGCAGGACGGCGGGCCCCUGAGGAGCGGGGAUGGGCAGAGCAGCCUCUGAGUCCGGGCCAGCAGCACCAGGAAGGAGGCCUGGGCUCUGGCUGGGAGCCUGGCACACGCUCUGCUGACCCAGAUGACCCAGACUGCGUUCACAGCAGCACGGUGCUGAGCGGCAGCUGUGCCCAGGCCCCAGGACUCCAUUGCUGCAGGAGCUCUGCAGCCCGUUAGCAAACUGCCGUGGGGCCGGGACCAUCAGGAGAAGGGACCUGUACCUCGAUGGGAAGUGGAAGGACAGAACCUAUCGCAAGGAGGAUCUUGGUCUCUGCAGCGGAGUUCUGUGACACCCACAGAGCGUCCUGGUUUCUUCCCUCAGGGUUGGGGCCCGGUUCCCCUCCCCUGGCAGAGGGAUUGGGCCCGGAGGACCAUCUGAGGGGUGGCUGCCUCUUGCAUGGAAUCAAGGCUGCUUGAAGCCCACAUGUUCUCUGUUGUGAUUGUGGUUCAAGGGCUUCCCUGCUGCAGGGGACGAGGGGCUGCCUCGGUGUCUGCUCAUGAACCACAAGGACCUCGACUACUCCAGACUGGAUCAUUUCAAGCCGCCAAAGAGGGGGACCCCCAGAGCUGGCAGCCAGCAAGCCCAAUGGACUAGAAGGCUGGAACGGACUGACCUCCCCCUCGCCAGGGCAGCGGGAGAGGCAGAGCAUCUGUGGCCCAGCUAGUGACAGAGGGACCCAAUGAAGCCAUAAGCAGGGGCCCAAGUGGCUCAGGGACAGGGGAGCCACUCUUGCCCACGUGCUUUCUCCUUACCUUGAGAUCGGGCGUGGCCUGGGACUCCUGCUGCCAUCUGCUCUGCAGCACACGCCCUUAUGCCCUAGAACAGGCAGGCCUGCCAGUGGGCUGGGAAAGGAGUGGCCGCAGGGACACCGGCCGCCCUCCGGGCCGGUGGUCCAGCCUCCCGGGGCUUCGCACCAUGAAGUGCUCCCUGCGGGUGUGGUUCCUCUCCGUGGCCUUCCUGCUGGUGUUCAUCAUGUCACUGCUCUUCACCUACUCUCACCACAGCAUGGCCACCCUGCCCUACCUGGACUCGGGGGCCCUGGGGGGCACCCGCCGGGUGAAGCUGGUGCCUGGCUAUGCCGGCCUGCAGCGCCUCAGCAAGGAGGGGCUCGCUGGCAAGAACUGUGCCUGCCGCCGCUGCAUGGGCGACGCCGGGACCUCCGACUGGUUUGACAGCCACUUCGACAGCAACAUUUCCCCUGUCUGGACCCGGGAGAACAUGGAUCUGCCCCCUGAUGUCCAGAAGUGGUGGAUGAUGUUGCAGCCCCAGUUCAAGUCACACAAUACCAAUGAGGUGCUGGAGAAGCUGUUCCAGAUAGUACCAGGCGAGAACCCCUACCGUUUCCGGGACCCCCAGCAGUGCCGGCGCUGUGCUGUGGUGGGGAACUCCGGCAACCUGCGGGGCUCUGGCUAUGGACCAGAUGUGGACGGGCACAACUUCAUCAUGAGAAUGAAUCAGGCACCAACUGUGGGCUUUGAGCAGGAUGUUGGCAGCCGAACCACCCACCAUUUCAUGUACCCUGAGAGUGCCAAGAACCUGCCUGCCAACGUCAGCUUUGUGUUGGUGCCCUUCAAGGCCCUGGACCUGCUGUGGAUCGCGAGCGCCCUAUCCACGGGACAGAUCCGAUUUACCUAUGCUCCAGUGAAGUCCUUCCUUCGAGUAGACAAAGAAAAGGUCCAGAUCUACAACCCAGCCUUCUUCAAGUACAUCCAUGACAGGUGGACAGAGCAUCAUGGGCGGUACCCUUCUACAGGGAUGCUGGUGCUCUUCUUUGCCCUGCAUGUGUGUGAUGAGGUGAACGUGUACGGGUUCGGGGCUGACAGCCGGGGCAACUGGCACCACUACUGGGAGAAUAACCGGUAUGCGGGCGAGUUCCGGAAGACCGGCGUGCACGACGCCGACUUCGAGGCCCACAUCAUCGACAUGCUGGCCAAGGCCAGCAAGAUCGAGGUCUACCGAGGCAACUGAGAAAGGUCUGACCGCGACUCUCCCGGCCCGCCGCCCAGCGCGUCGGCGCUCGGGGUCGGGACCCAAGACCAGCCCCAGGGUGGCGGCUUCCGCCUGCGCGCGUCGCCGGGCGUGGGGCGUCGCCGGGCAACGCUGAGCGCGCCCGCCGCGGUCUGGACCAAUCAUGCUGCAGCCCAGCGAGCGCCGGCUGUUCCCUGCCAAUCACGAGACUGGGCCUGGCACCAAUCAACGCUGCGGUCGGGCGGAGCCUAUGUUUAUCUCAGUCAAUCGCGCCCCUCCACUCGAGUCAACUUCCGGCGCUGCGCCCUUCUCCAAUCAAUGGCCGCCUGGGGGUGAACCGGCCGACUCAACCCCCACAGCCCUAGGCUCUUGGGUGGGGUUUUGUUUCACUUUUUAAAGAGAGGAGGUGGCUUCUGGCCCGGAGAAGUACUUUCUUCAGGCGGGGUCGGAGCUGUCGCAAUUGCUGGACCCCGCCAAGGACGCCGGGAAGGAGCGGGAAGGGUGGGCCGGGGGUCCCGCGUGGCCUUUCAGCGGUCCAGGAACGGUCCAUGUGACUUACGGGGAGCGCUCUUUCACCUCAGAGGCAAAGACAGAACCCUCCCAAACCUCUCCAGGCUUCCGAGAGAAUUUUAGACAACCCUCCCCCCAUUUCUUUUAUUGUUUAGUCCGAGAUGGGUGUUAACCCACCAAAGAAAUGCAGUGAGAAUCCGGAGGGCGAGUGGCCCCUCAUCCUACCGCCUCUCCCUCCCCGCCUUUGGCCACCCUAUGGAAUGGCCUUUCUGACCAGGGCAUUUAGUGUCUCACCAGAAAACGAACUGUGUUCACCCUUUGCUUGGGAGCGGAAUUCGCCCAGGCCCUAACUCGAACACAGGAGUAAGGAACUGGGCAGGGGACAAGGAAGCCCCCCACAUCAAAUGUAAGGUGCUUCUCACUCACGUGUAUCCUUGGCCCCUACUGUUCGCUACAACUUUUAGUGUCUCCUUAGGCCCUGGGCCUCCUCACCAGCCUACUUGCUCUAGAAAAAAAAUCAAAACAUGCCCUGGGAUUGAUUAGGGCG